GGUUCAAUUUUCUUUCAACAAAAAGAUUGGUUGAAUUUUAAGCAUAAAAAAAUAAAUAACCUCAAGGUUAGGAGAACGAAAAGGCAAAAGCAUCAAAAGAAAAUGAUGAAAAAUUAAAGAAAAAAUAAAAAACCAACUAAGUUGGAUUUACCUUAAAACGAGGAAACAAACAUGUCAUUGUUCUAGUUUAACUGUACAACGUUGUUUUCAAAUUUCAAUCACUGUUUUUUUUUCCUCUGUUGUGUUUAAAAUAUGCAAAUACUAUAAAUUCUUCCACUUCUCUCACAAGAUCUUCUAAACCCAUUUGUCAAAUUUUUGUCACUAAUCACUUUGAAGUUUGAACCAUGCUAGUUAUGUGUCUCUUUGGUAUCAAACAUUUUUUGUUUGUAACUAUGAGUAUGUUUUAAGUUUUUCACUGAAAGGUGGUGAAGUUGAAAGUUAGGAAAUUUCCUAUAGAUUCUGCAUGUAAACCAAGUUUACAAAUCUGGGUUUUUCUUAACUUUUGUGUUUGUGUCUGCAUUUAUCAUAGCUGUCACUGUGGCUUCAUUCUCAAAGAACCAAUGGUUUGAACUUUGAAAAAUUAAGUUAUGGAGUUUGGUUUGGGGAAUGGGAUUAGUUAGGAUUUUGAUUCUGUUUAUUGCUUAAUGAUAGUUAGGUUAGGACUUCUUGUUGCUGCUUCAAUUGCAGCCUAUAAAUUUCAGCAGAAUGUGAAUGGAUCAAAAUUAGAACAUGGCGAAGUAAGGAAUAGGAAACAUCAAGAUGAGGGCACAGAAGAGAAGCAGUCCACUUGUUCUACUAAUUGUGUCAACCAGAAAGAGAGGGAAGAGGAAGAGCAAGAAGAGGAGGUUAAGUUAAUUAGCGGCAUAUUAAAUCAAGCUAAUGAUUUUGACGAUGAAAUUCUAUCUGAAUUUGAAAGCCUUCUAUCUGAGCAGAUUGAUUUUCCGUUACUUGCUGACAAGACCAAUGAGGCCAAGAAGGAUGGAGAUAACGAAACAGAAACGGAAAAAACCGGUUGUGAAUUAGAACGGUUGCGGAAUGUAGUCGAUGAACUAGAGGAGAGGGAAGUGAAACUUGAAAGUGAAUUGCUUGAGUAUUAUGGUUUGAAAGAGCAGGUACCAGACAUUGAGGAGUUACAAAGGCAGUUGAGAAUUAAAACUGUUGAAAUCGAUAUGCUUCAUAUGACCAUUAAGUCCUUGGAGGAAGAGAACACUAAACUUCAAACCGAGCUCACAUGUGGAGCUUCAGCAAAUAGAGAACUUGAGGCCGCUAGAAAUAAGAUCGAGGAGCUACAAAGGCAGAUACGCAUCGCUGCUAACCAGACAAAAGGCCAGUUGCUGUUGCUUAAACAAAAAGUUUCCGGUCUACAAAGAAAAGAAGAAGAGGCUGCGAAAAAAGAUGCUGAGGUCGAAAAGAAAUUGAAAACUUUGAAUGAUUUAGAAGUUGAAGUUGUGGAGCUUAAGAGAAGAAAUAAAGAACUUCAACACGAGAAGCGAGAAUUAACUGUUAAACUUAAUGCUGCUGAGUCUAGAAUUGCAGAACACUGCAGUAUGGCAGAGAAUGAAAUUGUCGCCAAGGCAAACACAGAAGUUGGAAGGCUAAGGCAUGCAAAUGAAGACCUGCAAAAGCAAGUGGAAGGACUUCAGAUGAAUAGGUUCAGCGAAGUUGAAGAACUUGUAUACCUUCGCUGGGUCAACGCAUGCUUGAGAUAUGAACUCAGGAAUUACAAGGCACCUUCAGGAAAAUCAUUGGCUCGUGAUCUAAACAACAGUUUCAACCCAAAAUCACAAGAGAAAGCUAAACAGCUAAUGUUAGAAUAUGCCGUAUCUGAGCGCGGGCAAUGUGAUACAGAUCUUGAAAGCAACUUCUCCCAUGAUCAUUCUUCACCAGGCAGUGAAGAUCUUGACAAUGCAUAUAUCAAUAGCCCUACUUACAAAUAUAGUAAUCUUAGCAAGAAAACUACCUUAAUCCAAAAGUUGAAGAAAUGGAAUAAAAAUAAAGAUGAUUCAAGUGCUUAUUCAUCACCAGCUAUACCUCUUUCGAUAGGCUCUCCUUGCAGGGUAAGUACGAGCUACAGACCAAGGAAUACACUUGAAUCCUUGAUGCUAAGGAAUGCUCAUGAUGCUGUAGCAAUCACUACCUUCGGACAGAAGGAACACGGAACUACUCAUUCUCCUGAAACUCCAUCUCUUCCAAGCUUGAGAAAAGUUUCACCGAGUGAUGACAUUCUGGAUUCUGCUUCGGCUUCAUUCCAAUUGAUGUCUAAGUCAGUUGACAGAUCUAUGGAUGAAAAAUAUCCUGCAUAUAAAGAUCUUCAUAAAUUGGCAUUAGCAAGGGAGAAACAACUUAAGGAUAAGGCUGAGAAAGCGAGAGGGAAGAAGUUUGGCGACAUUUCAAAUCUUGAUGAGACCGAGGCUGAACAAGAGAGAUCGAUAUCUUUGCAACCAAAACUUACUCAAGUAAAUGAGACGGAUCAAUCUGAAGAUGGUAAGAGUUUUGAUCAUCAAACCAUUAGUAAGAUGAAGCUUUUCGAAAUCAACAAAAGGCCUCCAAGGGUGCCUCGGCCACCACCUAACCCAACUGACGGUGCUUCAGUUUCAAAUUCUUCCAAUGGAAUACCAUAUGUUCCAUCCGUACCUCCGCCGCCGCCACCACCACCAAUAAGUUUACCAAGAGGAUCAGUAGUUGAUGACCAAGUUAAAAGGGCUCCUGAGCUUGUUGAAUUUUAUCAACAAUUGAUGAAACGGGAAGCAAAGAAGGAUACCUCAUCAUUAACUUCUUCGACAAGUAAUUUAGCUGAUGCAAGGAGCAACAUGAUUGGGGAAAUCGAGAAUAGAUCAACAUUUCUCUUAGCUGUGAAAGCUGAUGUAGAAACACAAGGUGAUUUUGUCUUGUCCUUGGCAACGGAAGUUCGAGCAGCCUCUUUUUCUAAGAUUGAAGAUGUAGUCGCUUUUGUGAACUGGUUAGAUGAAGAACUCUCCUUCUUGGUUGAUGAACGAGCUGUUCUCAAGCACUUCAAUUGGCCUGAAGGAAAAUCAGAUGCACUACGAGAAGCAUCUUUUGAAUAUCAGGAUCUGAUGAAAUUGGGGAAGCAAGUAUCCACUUUCAUCGAUGAUCCAAAACUGCCAUGUGACGUUGCUUUGCAGAAUAUGUACUCAUUGCUUGAAAAAGUAGAGCAAAGUGUAUAUGCACUUUUACGGACAAGAGAUUUCGCUAUUUCACGGUACAAGGAGUUUGGAUUACCAGUAAAUUGGCUAUUAGAUUCGGGAGUUGUGGGAAAGAUCAAGCUUUCUUCUGUUCAACUGGCAAACAUGUAUAUGAAGCGUAUUGCAUCUGAACUUGAUAUACUAUCUGGACCCGAAAAUGAGCCGACAAGAGAGUUUUUAAUUCUGCAAGGCGUACGCUUUGCUUUCCGUGUUCAUCAGUUUGCAGGAGGCUUUGAUACAGAGAGCAUGAAAGCUUUUGAAGAACUAAGAAACAGAAUUCAUGAUCAAGCAAGUGAACAUAAUAAUAAACCAGAAACGGCGACAGAGGGGAGGAUUACAAUUCGAUUCCCCGCAAUUGCAAUCGAGAGGAACUGAAACCACAUGAUGUCAUAACUAACCCAUAAACCAGAAUAGGCGGUCCACUGUGCCAGAUAUCGAUAGUGAAAAAAGAAGAGGAUA